CUAUUGUUGGCAGUGAGGACGCUGGGCGUAGCGGCGACGAAAUGAAGCAUGCAGCAUGCGUGGUAGCGGUGUCACGGCUGCGCGGUCUUGCCUUCAACCCCUGUUGUCCGCCAGCCGCUAUCUCGCCAUUCACGCCCUUCCCGGUGAUCCUGUCCACUUCAUCGUCGAGGCUAAGGCGAGAGUGAAGGAGGUUUAUACGCAGACAUGCACAAUUCUCUGUUCCAAACAGGGCAUGCGAGAUUGCGAACUUUUCGGUCUGGCAAUAUUGUCCGACGGCGAGUACCUAUUUGUGGAUCCCGAGAAUAAGCUGAGCAAAUACGCCCCAAAGAAUUGGCGGAACUCUCAUACAUAUGGUUUGGAUAGCAGUGGAAGACCAGUCUUUGUUCUAUACUUUCGAGUUCGUUUCUACAUCGAUACGCCAUUACUGUUAAGCGAUGACACGUCGCGGCACCACUAUUACCUGCAACUGCGCGACAAUGUCGUCAGGCAUGGCGGCGGGGUGGAGAGCCUCCAUUCUCACCAUCCCCUUCACGAACUAUCCAUCAUCACGCCGCUGCUUGUGCUCGCUGGGCUUGCCCUUCAAGCCGACCUUGGCGAUUACUCCGAAGAACGUCACAGACCGCAUGCGGGAUCUGUCGGCUACUGCAAACCCACGGAUUACCUUCCUCCCCAUAUGUGCCUUGAGUCGAACGUGCUCGCCGUGCUUGCAGCCCAGCACAGGGAGAACAGUGGGCUCUCCAGAGAGGAGGCAGAGCUGCAAUACAUCCGGGAGGCGAUGCUGUUGGAGGCGCCGCUCAACGCUCACCUGUAUCGGUUGCGCCGAAGUAAGAACGAGGCGGGGCCGGGGCGCAUACUCCUGGCAAUUUGCGCUCGCGGAGUGCGAAUCUACUCCGAGGAGGAGACACCGCGCGUUUUCGCUUGGAACAAUAUCGGCAAGCUCUCUUUCGAUCGCAAAAAGUUCGAAAUCCGAGCGGUUGACCAGCCGGAAAAAUUCACCCUCUACAGCGGCUGCGAUGACAAGAGCAAGCUUCUCUUGGGGCUUUGCCGCGACACCCAUCAGUUCUCUAUGGCUAUAGCACCUAGAGUAAACGAAGCUAUUAGGCGGGAGGAAGAAGAACGGAAAGUCUUGAGGGAUUGUUACAUGUACCCUACCCGAUGUAAGUUGAGUUUAACGGCGCGCGGUGCGCGCGGCGACCAACGAAUUUCCGUCAUCUCGAGUACAUCCUCGAACACGACGUCCGGUAUCGUCAGCGAUCGGGUGCAUAGCGAAGAUGAGCCUGAUACCGCACCAGCGUCGACCGAGUGUUUGCCACGUCUUACCGAGACGGUACCUUAUUCGGAUGGCCAGAGUAGAGUUUUAAAUGGCACGAGUGGGGAUACGGACAAUCACUCUAUGCCAUCCUCUUCCGUUUCUAUUAUUGACGAGAUUGACAACUCCGACGCGACUUCUACAUCGGUGGUACUACGCCUCGCGUCAAGUGCCGCGACCGCCGCCGAGGGCUCGCAAUGCAGCAGCAGUUGCAGCACGGUGGUCGUCGUUAACGCGUCUGCGGGCGGAACGUCGCGGAUACGCCGCGCCUCGGCGACGUCCAGUUUGGAGCUAGGCUACUCGCACACGGCGCAAAAUUCGGCGAUCUCCUCGGAGACUGCCAGCUUUCCGGGUGCUAUUUACGACAGAUGUAAGAAGACAGGUAAAUACACAGGUACCGAUAUUGCCAGUGAAACUAGCGGCGUGUACACGCUGAGAAGCAGUGAGAUCCAAGACGAAAGAAUUAGUGAUGACCUGUAUUCACCUACGGGCGACACCAACGAGUCCUCGGCGGCGAGUGAUGUUUGCGCCCUGAGCUCCGUUCAAUCGACCACUGACGAAGCGUCUAUCACGUCCGGCUUCUACACCAUUCACAGUGGAUUACGAUCCGAAAGCAGCGAUGUUUACACGGAAGAUGUUGGCGCGGAGGAUCAGGAGCCAAUAUAUAGCCUGUGCAAGGGCGACGAUGACGGGGUCUCCCUGAACCGACAGCUCGAGGACUCGCGCUCGCGUAGCAAUAGCAUACUCAGUGUGAGCAGCUUCCGUGGGGACGGCAGCGAUCCGUCCAGCGCGAGGCCGUUACUGUCAGCUGACGAGUUAUCGGACCUGAUAGUCCGCAGGUAUCCCCCGCACCAAACUAUCAGUAACUCGAUAGACUCGGACUGUGAGUACGUGAUGCCACCACCGCCGCCGCCACCCAGGACGGACAGUGAUCGGCAAUUGCCGCCGCCACCGUAUCCGAGAGAGACCAUUGACUACGCGACGAUCAAUGUCUCGAAGAGGUCCAGCAUACCAGAGUUGGCCCGGGAACGUGAGCCACCACCGCCACCGCCGUACAACACCACCCGCGGUGACUUCGUCCCGUUGCCGCCACGACGAGCCGAUCCACCGCCGCCGCCGCCUCCGUACUCGUCGUCGCGAGAGAGAAUUCAAAUACCGCCACCCACCCCGCCGCGAAACGACGCUGUGACGCCGCGGGAACCUCCACCACCCCCGCCGCCCUCUCCUAGAAUCCAACCGCCUACCUAUCCGGGCGAUAAGAUGAAACCCACCCCCGUGCAUGCACCGGUUGCCGCUCUCGUGGUCGGCCCGAACAAUUACCUGGACGUGCACGCUUCCCGUAGCGGUCCGGUGCUUUUACCGUAUCUGACAACGCCACCGCCCCCGCCUCCUCUGCCACCACCGCCGAUAAUACAUCCGCGACAACCGCCGCCGCCACCGCCACCGCCGCCGCCGCCAUCAUCAUCAUCAUCGACGACGCAACAGUCGGCGUCCAGUCUGGCGACCGUUUACACAAGUCAAGUUUCUCGAUCGCAGAUAGAACAGUACAAACAACAACUUUACUCCGACGUCGAUUUCGUAAUAUUUCCACUCAAAGAUCCGGCGGUGUCGAAGCAAGAGUACAUUGACGCCAAGCAGGGUUCUCUCAUGGCGGCUAUGGCGGCUUAUCCGCCGCCACCGUAUCCGUCCUUCAGCAAGUCCUCGGUGAUGUAUCGUAGCACACCCUAUCUUCCUGGUUCCUCACUUUCCUCGCAAUCCAAGUACGCGUCCAACCAGAAUCUGAGCUCCAGCGACGUCGGUAGCUCAAGCGGGAAUUAUCUUCAAGGCAAUCUGAACAGCCACUACGCCGCUAGCACUAGCUCGCUUUAUAGCGGUGCAACCUGUUCGUCCACGGGCAGCCACAGUCUCAGAAGGGAACCGCCCGUGCCAACUCACCCUCACACGUUGGAUGCGUUCUCGCGGACUAGAAGCGACGAGAACAUCCUCAAAUGCUUGGAUAAUUUAAUUGCCAGCAAGAUGCAAUCUCUGCCGCAGUCCAAGCAUCGCAGGCUACCACCGCCGCCGCCGCCGCCGCCCUACGAAAUACAGAAUCUUGAAAAGAAUCAGCCGCUACCGUCGUCUUCCUCAACGACAACCUCCUCGUUGGCCGCCACGGCUACGAGCAAACUUAAGAAACUCAGCAAUGGCGUGGAGGAGAAUGACGAAGGAAAGGGCGACGAUAUGUUGGACAUCCGAACGCUUCGCGAGAAAAGUCGUAAUUUAGAUUUACCGUUAAUUUCCGCGCUAUGCAACGACCAAUACCUGCUGAAGCAGACGAAGGCCUUCGUCCUGCCGAAGCAUCCCAGCGAGAUAACUUCCACCGCCGCGUCCACGAAGAGCGGUACGCGGAGCAGCAACGGCGCGACGUCCAGCAGGAACAAGUAUCCGGUGAGCGGACUGUCAACAACGCAAAUUCAGAAACCACUUAGGAAAUCCUCGACGAGCACUCACAAGCAUCCCUCAGAGGCAAAGAGUAGUGCCUACAAGGUCAACGCCUCCUCCGCAGGAGUUUCGACCAUCAAGAAGGACUUCACAAGGGCAUCUCACUCCUAACGCUUGUGUAGACAACUUCUUUCUCAUUCAUAGACUCUUAUAGCUCAGGAUGAAAGUACAUUCUAUAAUCCCAUUCCAUAAUCACUAUCGCGCGUUACGUCGAUUUGAUGUUUAAUUAAUGCGACGUAAUAAGGAACCGUACGACAAGUUGAAUGUCGUUCCCGCGGACCGUGCUUCUUUGAUUCAGGGUGCCAUCUCGUUCGUUCGCUAUUUCUUCUCUCUCUUCUUUUACCGCACAAAUAUGUAGAAGCUCCAACUAGAUGAACGUUUGUUCCAAUAUUAUUAGAUGGAUACUUGAAUUUUUUCGUGUUAGACACUAAAGCGUUAUUGUCUCUUGCUCAAUUAUAUAUUGCGAUGAAAAUUCCAUUCAUAAGCCCCGAUAAAGGCGGCACUAGUCCCGCUCGUUGUUAGGAUAAAUCAUAGAGUUAUUGGCCAUUGCAUAUAUGGUAAUCAUGUGAUAAUAUUCAGAGAAUUAGAUAAUUUUAUUUAUAUAUUACGCUGCUUGCUUGUCUUAAUGGAUUAUUAGGAACCCGAAUUUAUAGGAAAUUCGUCCUUCCGGGCGUUAAUAUCGUCCAAUUGCGAUACGUUUGACGUUAUAGAAACUUUAAAUUGAAUAACAUCUCGAGAAUAUCAGCAACCAAUGCAUGCUGAAAUAUAAUUAAUUAUUUUAAUCGCUGAAGUUUGAUUUACAAAGCUACUCAAGCAGUAAUCCUCUAUUUAUUUCGAUUAUAGAAUUAAAUUAUGAUAAGAUUAGAGUACAAUUACGUACUUGUAUAUUGUUUUCGAUGCGAUGCUUACUGACAAUUCUGACGAAAGUAAAUAUUGCGUGGGUGGCCAAUAAUGAUAUAGUUUACCCUACUUUAGUUUACCCUAUAUAUCAUAAAAAAAGAGAAAUGACUUCCUCACGUAAUAUAAUCACAGAAUACAUAUAUAUUUCGGAUAAAAACACUUGUGUGAUUAUUGUAAUUAGACGAAUAGUAGCUAUUCUAGAAUUUUCAGGAGUAAUAUUUAUUAUCGAGCAAUGUCCCGUCCAUCCUUUAAUUUCUUUCAGUGCUUAUUCCGUAGCACAAUAUUAUCAAAGCAUCUUAAUGCACAUAUAGUGCCGCUAGUGUAGCUGAUCCUUUUUGUACUUUUGUAAUUGAUACGGUUCAACAUUACAAAGCUACCACCCAAAUUUACUGACCUGAUUGGAAAAAUUAAUCGUUAAAUUUAUAUGCAAUACUUGUAAGUGCAAUGCAGGAUAACAUUUUUAAUAUCUCGCUUUUUUUUAUUAAAAAUAUUUCCGAAAUAUUUCGGGGGUCCCGAAAUAGCGACCUCAUUCGUUUCUCGCAUUACUUAUAAUUUGAUAAAUUUUUAAUGCGGAAUUAAUUUUAUUUCGGAUCCUGCAAGGGAUCGCACACCUCUAGAAUUAUAAGAGAAUCAAAUAAACGAAAGUGCAACAACUUAAUAAAAUUGUUACAAUAAAAGAACAGCAAUUUAGUCCUAAAAAUAGCUUACACUAAUUGUCAUUAGAGUUUAAUAUUGUAUUACAAAUUCCGCAUCUGUACAUAAUAUUGCGUAACACUACGUAAUACUGCGUGAUUUUAUACGUAGACAAAAAUCUCGUGUGUAUGUAUCCCACGCGCCAUCUCAGUUAUAAAUAAAUAAAAUCUUUUGUAAUAAAAGA